CUCGCUCGUUCCCGCUCCCCUUCAUCCAGACCAGCUGCUGCAUCUUUCUAUCUCUCCCCGCUACAUCCAGCACCUCGCUUCGGACCUACACAACUCAUUCACCAUGUCUCUCCUCGGAAAGAAGUUCCCCACCCCCAUUGCCGGUCCCAUCGGCCCCUUCUUCGCUGCCGGUCUGGUCGUCCUCUACGGCGUCAACUCUCUCCAGAACGCCCUCAUGAACACCGCCGAGUUCAAGAACGACCCCCGCAACCCCAACGCCAAGAAGACCAAGCACUAAAUGCUUAUACCCUCGGAGGACGCUGAUAUGUCGGAUGUCAAGUGGGUUGGUUUGAGUCUGGCUUGAGACCGGACCGCGAUUGCAGGUUUUCGUUGUCAUUCCGAGUCUACGGACACCUCUUCACCCUGUACAAGCAUAUAGAGAGAUACCGUGUUGGGACAUAUUGGUGAAUUGAACAAGUUGUAUCAGUA